UCAACGGCCGGAGUCAAUUAUUCCUUACGUAUUUUCACUUAGCGGACUGUUUUGAACGCACAGUAAAAACAGGGACAUUUGCGGGGACAGCUCCAGUCGGGGACAGACCGUCAAACUGGGACUGUCCCCGGAAAACGGGGACGUCUGGUCACCCGCCUGUCAGAUGAUCUAUGCUGCUACAAGGCAGAUAUCAGUAGUCAACCGAACCAUUUUGAACUGGAACUUUUGUUUAAAGAUUAAUAAAUGUAUAAGCCCUUAACAAAUAUUUAAAACAGGACUAACUAUCGCAAGAGAGGCGCAAGUAAUGGUGACGGUGAGAGCUGAAGCUGUCUGUGACGCUGACGGAUCGAGAGGGAGGCGCAGGCCGAGUGAGAGCUGCCUGCGGCGGUGGCAGGUCGUGUGAUAGCCGAGUGAGAGCUGACUGCGGCGGUGGCAGCUCUCCCUGCCACGGAAAGAUUUUACCCCCUCUCCAAAACUUUGUAGCAUUCGGCGCCAGUUCACAGUGAGGUUGGUGCAUAAGGGGAGACCCUCGCAGGCUUGAUUUCAUUGCAUUUCGAGGAAAGGAAUAACAAAACAUUUAUUCUGACGCUCCUGAGACAUUCUGGGAGAAUGCGGUGGCUGGGAUGUUAUCGGCUGGGGCCCAUGUGGAAAGCACUCCUUGUAUUUGUUGUUAUUGCUUUUGCAGGGCAGCUCCUGGGAGUCAUCUUCAAUAAGAGCUGGAUUCAGCCAGAGAGGCCUCGUUCCUUCUAUGCUCUUCCCUCUGAGAAUUCCCAAGGGCCCUCACUGGGAUCUUGUCAGCCCCACACCCACAUCAUGUUCUUGAAGACUCACAAGACAGCCAGCAGUACCGUUCUCAAUAUCCUCUAUCGCUUUGGAGAGGAGCGGGGCCUUAAAUUUGCCCUGCCUGUUGGGUACCAAUUCGGCUACCCACUUCCUUUUAUCGCCCAGAAGGUGAAAGGGUACAGAGGUCCUCACAUAGCAGAAUUUGACAUCAUGGGUAACCAUAUGCGGUUCAACAAACCAGAGGUUGAAAAGGUCAUGCCAGCUGACACCUUCUAUUUUUCUAUCCUUCGAGAUCCUGUGGCGUUAGCGGAAUCCUCCUAUGCCUAUUACAAAAAUGUUGCCCCUGCUUUCAGGCAUGCCAAGGGGCUGGGUGAUUUUGCAGACAACCCCCAUAAGUACUAUGAUCCCAGACUCCGAAACAACCAUUAUGCCCGCAACUUGCUGUGGUUUGACUUUGGUCUGGAUAACAAUGCUAACUACAGCACGCCCCUGGUCAAACGUGGUGUGGAAGCAGUGUGUCGGAACUUCAAGCUAAUCCUUCUGUCUGAGUAUUUUGACCAGUCUAUGGUGCUGCUCCGCCAUGCUCUCUGCUGGCCACUAGAUGCUGUGGUUUCUUUUAGCCUAAACGCCCGACAGCAAGUGCCCAGUGGAAGGUCAGGAUGGGUGGGUAAGGCUGCACCUCCAGCCCCUUUGGCCUUAACAGACAAGCAAAGACUGAAAUUACGGGAGUGGAACUCCCUAGAUUGGCACCUUUACCAAGCUUUCAACCUCACGUUCUGGCAGGAAAUAGAGCGCUUUGGGCGUAAUCGAAUGGAGGCAGAGGUGGCCUUGCUUAGGACGAGACGAGAGGUCCUCGCUCGUGUCUGCUUACAUGAUGGCGGCCGACCUAUAGAGGCCAGUCGCAUCCGGGACAAGACCAUCCGUCCCUUCCAGAGUGGAUUAGUGAAGAUCUUAGGUUAUGAGCUGCAGCCUGGACUGGACAAUGCAACAUGGGAAGCUUGCCUACGCAUGAUCAGGCCUGAGAUUCAGUACAAAGACUUACUGGAUCUUCAUCAGUUCCCUCGAUCCCAGAAACCCCCAGGAGCAGAUGCUUUUGCUGGAAGGCACCCAGUAAGGAGGGAGCCCUCAAUAUUUAGGACUGAAGACCAAGAGGGGAGGAGGUUGGUUGAGAAAGACUGGGAUGGGACAGUGCUGCUUCGGAAUCAAUCAUUAAAGCAGGUUGAUUCAAAAGUAAGGCUUCGAUAGUGACCCAUAUUUGGCUCAGCAGGGCCACUGUGCUGCACUACUAGAGGUGAAGGGAUAUCCAAGACUCGCAACAGAACACUUUGCCAUUGGCUCUUCCUCAUUUUGCCCUUCUAAACUCUUAUUUUAUACAAUACAAGGUUUCAUGGGGAAGAAAGGGGUCUAUGAAUUCAAUGAAGUGACUGGGUUGUUAAAUGGUGCAGACAUGCGAAAGUUAACAAUGGGUAUAAGUUAGAAAAUAUGAUGUGCUGCUAUUCUGUCCAUGAUGAACCAUGAUGUAUGGUACAAAAACAACUAAGUGGUUCUAUGCAGUGUUUCAAAUAUACUGUUAAAAACACACUUUCUCACUCAGUACCAACAUACACAAACGUACACAUAGAAUCAAAUUAAAUAGCAAUUUGAUCAAAGGAAUAACAUACAAAUGUAUUCAUUUAAGUAGAAUCACAGAAGCUUCACUGUCUGGCAAACAACACUAAGGAAGAAUCAAACAGUACUGUUCAUAGUGGCAAGGAUUUGAUUUAAUAUCUAUUUAUAUGGGUAAAUGUUCAACAGGAAUUAAUAGUGUGUGGAUUACACUAGAAAGAGGAAUACAAUACACUUUGCUUUUUAUCCUGCACAUUCAGAUUUUAGAACUGGGAAAUGGUAAAAGCCACGAAAGCAGGCCUGCCAUAGUCACACAAGUGGUCUAUGAUGCAAUAAGAUAAGCUAUAACAACUCUUCACAUGGGUCUGUGAGAAUGACAUCUCCAGUUUUAACACUGUGAAACAAUGUUUACCAUUCAUGAAAGACAAAAUGGACUUGUAGAUUUGUAUCUAUCUUAAUUGGGCAAUACACUUCCUGUUAUAGUAUGUUUUCUAGAGACAAAAUCUAAAUAGAUAGUGAAUGUUCAUUGGCAUGGUAAAUGCUGUCAUGUCAGAGGCCUGUCAUAGACACUUUAAUGUGUCAACCAGGAAACUCCACCUCAAAUUCCAAAUCUUAAAAAUUUUGCCUUACAAUUAGUACCUUUGGGAAGCAGUGCUUUAAUAUAGAAUCUUGCUGUAUUUAUUAUGCGUUUAUAUAAAUUUGUCUGUGUACCUACGGCAUUUAUACUUUCAAGCUAAAAUGUCUUUCUUAUUGUGAGUGCUGAGAAAAAUUAGUAUAGAAAUGUGACUGGAAUGCACUGUGCAAAUAGCCCUAUGUAUGAACUGCCAUCUUUUUUUGUGUAAACAUUACAAUGCACAGAGCAAGAUGACAUCUUCUGUUGCUUAAUUUAUUAUCUUUGUUCUAAUUCAAACAUUAUUGAGACAAGAGAAGAAAAAAAAAAACACUAUAUGUAUGGUCAUUGUUGUGUGCUUAUUCAUAUGUUUCCUUUAUUGUGUAGUUAAGAUUUAUAUGCAUGGAAAUCAUUCAUCUGUUUAGUUGACAAACAAUUUAAUAUUUUGACAUGCAUAGUAAUAUGAUUAUAUAAUUGCCAUUUAAUUAACCAGGAAAUUCUCCAUCUUAAUUAUUGACUUUCUCCACUCACAGCUUGUGUGUUUGGAACUCACAUGCAAUUGUUAUUGAUUGAAAUUGCUGGUGGAGUUGUUUGACCAAAUAUAUAUAUAUAUAUAUAUAUAUAUAUAUAUAUAUUUGUUUUUUAAACCAAAUUCCAACCUGAUAUAGCUUAGUGUUUUAUUUUUUAUUUUUUAAUUCCAAUAAAAAAUGACUGAGAAAUCAGAUCAAAUACAUUGGGGCUACAAGAAAAGAGACUUUGUAAAAGCAAAAUGCUAAAGUUUGCUGUCAUUUCAAUGAAAGUGUUCAGUAAAUAUGGCUAGGGGUGAUAGAAGAAAAUUUGUAUUAUUAAAAUAUAUUUAACUUUUUUUUUUACUUUUGUUCAUCUUAUUGUAGAGAACACUCUUUAACUGAUUCCGUUUAAGAUUGGCAAUAUUGUGCUGUGUUACUUGCAAGUCAUACAAAUCAGGCUCGGUGUCUUCAUGACUCUUUAGUUGGAUUACCUGUGGUACUGCAAUAUAAAGAUAAACCAAAGAGGUACUGAUGUUUUUGUGCUUGGAAAAUCUUAUGAAAAAAAAAUUGGCACACAGUUUUUCCUUUAAGAUAUUGGUUAGUAAAUGAAUCCUGCAGGCGCACAAAGGGGCAAACACAGAUCACCUAAACUGUGCAUCUUUGCAGAUUUUAUAUACAGUAGCUGACAUAAAAAAUAAUCUCAUUAGCUAGUUAAUUAAAAAGUGUGCUUUCCAAAUGAAAAAGACGCUGCACUGCUCUCACAACAGCAUGAACACAGUAUAUUAGUCAGUAUGAGUUUAAUUUGAACAGGACAAAUAAACUCAUCGGAAACAUCUAUUCUGCACUUUUGAGGCAAUUAUAUUUUUCAAGUGAUUUACAACAUGGUGUUUCAGUUCAGUUUUCUCUUGAGUGAGAUUUUUUUUUGUUUGUUUUGUUUACCGUAUUUAUUGAGUCUGUUUCUUAAAUAUAUGGGGAAACCUGUGUAAAUAUUUAGGAGUAUGGCAAAUCUUACUAGGUAAUACUUGUAUGUUGUAAAAUAAAAUACAACUUUUUCAGUAAUUGCAGUGAAUUGACAUUUAUGUGUGAUGAACAUGUUAAAAUUAUUUUUUCAUAUGCUACCUGCUAUAAUCACCAGUUUAUCAUUCACCAGGAUCUAUAAGGUAACUUCUGAAAGAUGCCUAUUUGAAACACUAUGAAGGGGCUGAAACCACAUUGAUAAGUCUGCAUACCUCCACGUGCAUUUUCUGUCUGUGCCAUUAUUUGUAGCUUACCAAGAACACAACUGGCACAUGGAGCACUGUAAAAUCUAAUAAAUUGACCUUAGAUUUUUUUAAGGCAAUUGUUUUACAUGCUUUUUCUAAGUAAACAUACUUAUUUGAACGUAAUUUUUGAAAGUAAACUUAACUUAAUUUUUUAAUUUAACUAGUAACAAGUAAACUUGACUUAUCUGCGACUGAAGUAUAAUUUGUUUUUAUUUAAAUUGAGCACGUCUUAUACAGCAUUAGAUAAAUUAUGACUGGAAUCUUGGUUCGUCAUAUGGCACACUAGAUUCUCCUCAGUACUUUUUAGUGCACAUAAAUCUGCAUUUUUUUAAAGUACAAUUGAGUAAAGAAGAAUGGCUUUAACAGACUCCCAAAUUCACAGGUAACACUAAUCACCCUCAUGGUGACUUCACACAAAUCACAACUAUCAACCAGCUACAACAAAACAUCAAUAGUUAUAAGAAUAAAAUUAAACUAUAUACAUUUUUAAAUAACAAUUAUCAUUUUGCUACAUAAAUUCCCUUGUUUUGACCAAACAUACAUCAUUUAUUAAAGCACAAGGGCUUAUGGGUAUUUUACACAGCCACAAUUUGGUACUUGAUAAUUUUGAGUUAGUAGUACUCGAAGCCAAAGUUUAAAGAAUGUAUAUAUUUGAGUUAUGAUUCCAAAAUGUGACAUUUCAAGUACUGUUUAAUUAGGACAGCUUAAAUGUUUUUAUUAAUGACAACUUAAGGGUUUAGAGAGUAACGGUAACUUAAUAAAACUAGUAAGAAUAGUAAAAAAUUAAGCUGAAGUUGAGUCAACUAUUUUUUACAAUUUGAGAUAUUUAUUAGUAUUUACAGUGAGCCACACAUACUCCCAUAAACCAUUUUUAUUUUAUUUUAUUUUUUAUUUUUUUGCAUGUUAUGAUUCAAGAUUUUGGGCUUGUGUGCAGACAUUCAAUUCCAUUAGUAAAUCAAAUUUGGACAGUUUAGCUAAUGCAUCCAAGCUCCCUUCAAUAAAAUAUCUGAACAACAAUUUUUAUCGAUUUUAUCAAUUCUGAAAUCUAAAGCUUGAUAGUUCACAAUAAACCCAUAUUCACAAAGUUUGUCACUGAGAACAGAUUUUAGCAUUUUACCCAAUUGCUUGCAAUCACUGCUAUACACUAU